GAGCAGUUGGAGGCAGCUGGACCGGCGGCAGCAGUAGGUGCUGUCCCAUCAUCAGAUCACACCCAACGGGGCCCCAGCGCACCGCUCCUCCGGCCGAACACCAUGACACCCGGAUCCAGGACCGCAGCCUGAGCCGCACCGAGGACCGAACCCCCGGAGGACCGCGGGCACACGCACACAGCCGCGCUUACACGCACGCUCACGCGCGGGUCAGCGGCGCCGAAGAUCGCAGCGACCCACCGGCAGAUUGACGGAGGGAGCCGCGGAGCUGCCGCUGCGGAGACGCGUCCCGCGACAGAAUCCGGUCCGCGCGAGUCAUUUCACGCCCACGCAGAUUUUAAAACAUGUCAUCUUCGGGGAAGGACGCCAACAGCGGGCAUUACGCCAACUAUGUGGGACCGUACCGGCUGGAGAAGACGCUGGGAAAAGGACAGACAGGUCUGGUGAAGCUGGGUCUCCACUGUGUCACAGGUCAAAAGGUCGCCAUAAAGAUCGUCAACAGAGAAAAGCUCAGCGAGUCCGUUCUAAUGAAGGUGGAGCGGGAGAUCGCCAUCCUGAAACUCAUCGAGCAUCCUCACGUCCUGAAGCUGCACGACGUCUACGAAAACAAGAAAUACCUGUACCUGGUGCUGGAACACGUGUCCGGCGGGGAGCUGUUCGACUACCUGGUGAAGAAAGGCCGGCUGACGCCCAAAGAGGCCCGGAAGUUCUUCAGACAGAUCAUCUCAGCGCUGGACUUCUGCCACAGCCACUCCAUCUGCCACAGAGAUCUGAAGCCAGAGAACUUGUUGUUAGAUGAGAAGAACAACAUCAGAAUAGCGGACUUCGGCAUGGCGUCUCUGCAGGUCGGGGACAGUCUGCUGGAGACCAGCUGUGGAUCUCCGCACUACGCCUGCCCGGAGGUCAUCAGGGGAGAGAAAUACGACGGGAGGAAAGCAGACGCAUGGAGCUGCGGAGUCAUCCUGUUUGCACUUUUAGUGGGUGCGCUGCCGUUCGACGACGACAACCUGAGGAACCUCCUGGAGAAGGUGAAGCUGGGAGUUUUCCACAUGCCGCACUUCAUCCCUCCGGACUGCCAGAACCUCCUGCGGGGGAUGAUCGAGGUGGACGCCGCCAAGCGUCUGACGUUAGAGCAGAUCCAGAAGCACACCUGGUACCUGGCUGGAAAAAACGAGCCGGAGCCGGAGCAGCCGGUGCCCAGGAAGGUGUCCAUCAGGACGCUGGGCGCGCCGGAGGAGAUCGACCCGGACGUCCUGGAGAGCAUGCACUCCCUGGGCUGCUUCAGGGACAAGGACAAGCUGACCAAAGACCUGCUGUCUGAGGAUGACAACCAGGAGAAGAUGAUCUACUUCCUGCUGCUGGACCGGAAGGAGAGAUACCCGAGCCAGGAGGACCAGAACCUGCCGCCGCGCAACGAGAUCGAUCCUCCCAGGAAGCGCGUUGACUCGCCCAUGCUGAGCCGCCACGGCAAGCGGCGACCAGAGAGGAAGUCCAUGGAGGUUCUGACCGUCACAGAGGGCGGGUCGCCCGUCCCGGUGCGGCGAGCCAUCGACAUGGCAACCCACGGUCAGAGGUCGCGGUCGAUCAGCGGAGCGUCCUCCGGUCUGUCCGCCAGCCCCCUCAGCAGUCCCAGGGUAACCCCCCACCCCUCCCCCAGGGGGAGCCCCCUCCCCACCCCGAAGGGCACGCCGGUGCACACGCCCAAGGAGAGCCCGGCCGGCACGCCGAGCCCCACGCCGCCGCCGAGCCCGUCCAUCGGCGGGAUGCCCUGGAGGACGCGCCUCAACUCCAUCAAGAACAGCUUCCUGGGAUCGCCGCGCUUCCACCGCAGGAAAAUGCAAGUUCCCACCCAGGAGGACAUGUCCAGUCUGACCCCAGACUCGUCUCCAGAGCUGGCUAAGAAGUCGUGGUUUGGGAACUUCAUCAACCUGGAGAAAGAGGAGCAGAUCUUCAUCGUGAUCCGGGACAAACCUCUGAGCUCCAUCAAGGCCGACAUCGUUCACGCCUUCCUGUCCAUCCCCAGCCUGAGCCACAGCGUCAUUUCUCAGACCAGCUUCAGGGCCGAGUACAAAUCCACGGCCGGUCCCACGGUUUUCCAGAAGCCGGUCAAGUUCCAGGUGGACAUCACCUACACAGAGAGCAGCGGCGCCACCAAGGAGAACGGCAUCUACUCCGUCACCUUCACCCUGCUGUCAGGUCCAAGUCGGCGUUUUAAGCGCGUGGUGGAAACCAUCCAGGCGCAGCUGCUCAGCUCCAACGACCAGCCGGGCAUCCAGCCGCAGAUAUCCGACGUCUCCCAGCGCUCAGCCAGUAAAUCCUCCAAACGCGGCAGCCCGUUGAGUAACUUCUUUGACGUAAUUAAACAGCUUUUUUCAGACGAGAAGAACAUCCAAGCGUCGCACUCCCCAGGCGCCCCUACCUCGACUAGCUCCCCCACCAAGCAUGCCCCCGGCAGCAGGCCCAGCCAGACCCCGCCCAAUGACUCUAAAUGCCCCCCAGGCAAAGACAAAACAAAGAUGGCCGCCAGCAACAGGACACAGGAACACCCUUAAGGAGCAGUAGCUGUGCAUGACUAGAUGAAAAGCAGGAAUCAGGUCAUUAAGAAGCAGAGAGCUGCUAACUUUACCCUUUAGCUCCGAGUGAAAGUUUAAAAAAAAUCUACUUUUUGCCUAUAAAUUUUGUACUGUAUAAUGGGAAUGGCUCAGUUUAAAAGUCGAUCAGUAUUUUAAGAACUAGUAGCAAAUGUAGCUUUGCUGUCCCUCCCUUGUGUCCCUCUGUGUCCUCCUCACAUGUGUGAUGGCUUGACUUGUCUCUGCCACCAGGGAUCAUCCAUAAUAGCUAUUAACCUCGACGGCUCCUCAGCUGCAGCCCGCUCACGGCCCGCCACCGCCGCCGAACCGAGCCCGACGCUGAGGGAAAGGCGGAGCAUCCCUUUUGAUUCCACUUCGCCCAACAUUACCAAACGCAGACCAUCUCAGAAGAGUUGUAAAAAGGAAAAAAAGGCCUUAAGACAGUGAUGUUUGUCCUCCUCUUCAUCCUUUCUCUUCCACUUUUCCCCACAUGUACAUACAAAAAACUACAAAACUGACUCCUUUAUGGGAUUUCCUGACUUGAAUCGGAGGCGGACGGAGGGACGGACUCUGGUUUCUUUUUAAAGUUGAGUUUUUUGUGGCUGAUUCUGGCGACCCAGGAUAGUACGGGGCGUUCCGUGAUGUUCUAAAGAUGAAUGAUCUCUUCUGUUGUACAGGCCAGUUGAUGAUCUGUGUUGUGACAUUAGGUUUUAAGUUGAUUUGUAUUUAUUUUCAGGUGUGGUCACACCAGAAAGGGAUUGAUCCAUUAGCUAAUUCUGACAGCCUGCCAUUCAUUUCUGCGCCAUCUUUCUCCUAAU